GAACACAAAAUGAUCACAUAUGUGAAACAAGGGUGAGAUCUAAUACGUGCUCUAGUCUUACAUCUGUGAUUAUUUAUGUGUUUCUAACACUGCUCUAUAUAUAUCCAUUAAGUCAAUGAUAUGAUCAGUCUCCCCUCUUCACAAACCGCACACAAAGAUGGACUUCCUCUAUGCCAUCUUCACCUUCAUAGCAACUGCACUAACACUUCUCUUCCUUGCCUUCUCAUCUCUAACCCUAAAAAUCUUCAUUGGCAAAUCGAUAAAAAACCCAAAAUACCAUCCUGUGACUGGAACUGUAUUUCAUCAGCUCUUCUACUUCAACAAACUCUAUGACUACCAAACAGACCUUGCCAAAACUUGCCGGACUUUUCGGCUUCUCGCCCCAGACCAAAGUGAAAUAUACACAACUGAUAUAAGAAACAUUGAGCACACACUCAAAACCAACUUUGAGAAAUAUUCCAAAGGCAAGUAUAACCAAGAUAUCGUGCAGGACUUGUUUGGCCAAGGGAUUUUUGCAGUGGAUGGUGAGAAGUGGAAGCAGCAGAGGAAGCUUGCAAGCUUUGAGUUCUCUACUAGGGUGUUGAGGGAUUUCAGCUGUGAUGUUUUCAGAAAAAAUGCUGCCAAAUUGGUUAAAACUGUUUUCGAAUUGUCGGUGGCCAACCAGGUUUUUGAUGUUCAAGAUUUGCUAAUGAAAUGUACCUUAGACUCCAUGUUCAAAGUAGGUUUUGGAGUGGAAUUGAAUUGCCUUGACGAAUCAAGCAAAGAGGGUAGUGAUUUCAUCAAGGCCUUUGAUGAUUCAAACGCGUUGGUCUAUUGGCGCUAUGUCGAUCCAUUUUGGAAGCUGAAAAAGUUCCUCAACAUUGGAUCCGAAGCUUCCCUUCAGAAGAAUGUCCAACUCAUCAACAAUUUCACGCACAAUUUAAUUAGGACCAAGAGGAAACAGCUAGAAAUGCAACAGGACUGUGUGAGUAAUGGCAAGGAGGACAUACUCUCGAGGUUUCUGGAGGAGAGCAAGAAGGAUCCAGAAGGGAUGAACGAUCAAUAUCUAAGAGAUAUAAUCCUAAAUUUUAUGAUUGCUGGCAAAGACACCUCUGCAAACACUCUUUCGUGGUUCUUUUACCUUCUAUGCAAGAAUCCACUGAUACAGGAAAAAAUUGCACGCGAAGUGAAAGAAGUUACCAGUAGUCACGGGUAUGGUUCUAGCACGGAUGAUUUCACCACAAUUUUAACCGAUGAAGUACUGGAGAAAAUGCAUUACCUUCACUCAGCAUUGACAGAGACAUUAAGACUAUAUCCUGCUGUCCCUAUGGACGGGAGGUGUGCAGAAACAGAUGACAUUCUUCCAGAUGGAUUUAAACUGAAAAAGGGAGAUGGGGUUUACUACAUGUCCUAUGCCAUGGGCAGGAUGCCUUACAUUUGGGGAGAUGAUGCAGAAGACUUCCGACCUGAAAGAUGGCUCAAAAAUGGUGUUUUCCAACCUGAAUCACCGUUCAAAUUCAUCGCAUUUCAUGCAGGUCCUAGGAUCUGCUUAGGUCGCCAAAUGAAGAUUAUGUCAACUGCUCUUCUCCGAUCCUUCCGGUUCAAGUUAGCCGAUGAAACCAAAAAUGUGACUUAUAAAACCAUGUUCACACUUCACAUCAGUGGAGGUCUUCAUCUCUCUGCAGUUCCAAGAACAGGCUUCAAAAAUGCCGAAAUGUAAAAACUAAGAAAAGAUCUAAGACGACAAAAACCAAAAACAAUGAGGUGAGUCCCACAUCUAUACGAGAGAAUUGUGUCUGGUACUAUGUGAUUAGAUUUUGUGUUCAACUGAAAGAACUAAUAUCAUGAUAGUGAACCAUUAUGUUUUCAGUGCUUUUAUAUAUGUAAAUCCAAGGUCUACAUAGAGCAAAACGAAACAAUGAUUUCUGAUGUAAACUAUUCAUGUAAAUGCACGAGUUUUUGGGGAUG